AUGGAUUUGGUCACUUUGGACGCGUCGCAAAAACACGAGUACCCCGAAUACUGCUCUCUUCUGUUCCAGGGCAAGGCAAAGAAGGGGCUCUCCUUUGAAGAUAUCGCAAAGCAUCUUGGCCGCAGUGAAGUGGCAGUAGCAGCCCUCUUUUACGGCCAGGCGAGGGCAUCUCCAGAGGACAUCGAGAAGCUCUCUGCAUACCUAGAGAUCCCGCAUACCACACUGAGCGAACAGCUACGCGGGUUCCCUGACCGAGGAAAGGGUGUUGACAUGCCGCCUCGGGACCCUCUCAUCUACAGACUGUAUGAGAUCGUUCAGAACUACGGACAGUCAUACAAGGCCGUUAUGAACGAGAAGUUUGGGGACGGAAUCAUGAGUGCCAUUGCAUUCUCAACCAAGGUCGAUAAGGAGGUCGACGACCAAGGGAACGCCUGGGCAGUGAUCACUAUGAAGGGGAAAUGGCUUCCGUUCUCUCGAUUCUAA